AUGAGUCUCAAUGCAGAUGAUGAGUUAGUGAAUCAGAUGGAGGAAACACCCACUUUUGCUUCAUCUAUACCAGUACCCAAUGUUCAAGAAAUGGUGAAAAAUAAUCCUUUGCAGGUGCCUGAAAGAUACCUGAGGAGUCAAGAAGAAAUGGAGAAAGUCAACAAUAAGCCUCACCUUUCAUCUGAGGUCCUUGUCAUAGAUCUAGCACUGCUCUCCUAUGGGAACAAAGAGGAGUUUCUGAAAUUGGACAUAGCAUGCAAGGAGUGGGGUUUCUUCCAGAUAGUAAAUCAUGGCAUACAAAAAGAACUUCUGCAAAAAAUGAAAGAUACAACAGCUGAGUUUUUCAAACUUCCAAUAGAAGAGAAGGAAAAGUAUGCAAUGUCCGCGAAUGACAUACAAGGUUAUGGGCAUGCUUAUGUAGUUUCUGAGGAGCAGAUACUAGACUGGUCAGAUGCAUUGAUUUUAAUCACUCACCCCACCUUGUACAGGAAGCUUCAACAUUGGCCUCAAACACCAGAGGGAUUCAAGGAGAUAAUAGAUGCAUGUUCAAGUGAAGUUAAAAGAGUUGGUGAGGAACUGCUUAGUUAUUUGUCAGUGAUUAUGGGCAUGCAGAAGCAUUUUCUUCUUGAACUACAUAAAUUAUCACUUCAAGGUAUACGUGUGAACUACUACCCUCCUUGCAGCACACCUGAGCAAGUAUUGGGUUUGAGUUCACACUCUGAUUCAAACACCAUCACCUUGCUUAUGCAAGAUGGUGAUGUAUCAGGGCUAGAAAUUCGACACAAAGGAGCAUGGGUACCAGUAGCCCCAAUAUCUGAUGCUAUACUUGUCAAUGUUGGAGAUGUAAUGGAGAUAUUGAGUAAUGGGAAAUACAAGAGUGUAGAGCACAGAGCAGUGACAAAUAAGGACAAGGAAAGGACUUCUUAUGUGUUUUUUCUGUCCCCAGGGGAUGAUGUCGAAGUUGAACCCCUUGAUCAUAUGAUUGAUGCUCAAAACCCCAAGUUGUAUCAGAAAGUCAGGUAUGGAGAUUAUUUGAGGCAAUCCAUGAAGAGAAAAAUGGAGGGAAAAGCACACACUGAAGUGGCAAAGAUAAAGGAUUCUUCUGAUCUGAGGAAUAAAACUGAUUAA